GGCCACUUUUCUUUAGCGUAUCUAUAAUUAUUAACUUUCUUGUUCAAUUUAGGAUUAUCGUUUACUUUUAUGCCUAUUUGCGGAGUUUUUUCAGAAAGAUGCCCCAUGCACACAUAAAGAUCUGGCACAAUAUGAUUUAAAACACAUCGUUGUAUUCCCAGAUAUAAGCCUAGUGAGUCAUUUCUUGACACGUUGCUCAACGAAGUGGCCCUUGGCGCUGUUUUAAUAAGCCACAGUUUGCCGGAUAUCUGGAAAAUAUGAAAAAGAUCUAAAAAGCCUUUAGUUGUAAAUCUUUUCAGUUAUUUAUUGGGCGAGUUAUUUAUUACGCACCCUUAUUGGCUUUGCUAAUUAUUCUUGAGCAAUAAAAAACAACAUUCUGUGCGCCUUCGGUCAAGUCCAAGGAGUCCAUUUUAUAUCGCCAUUGCGCGAGUGGGGGUGGAGGCUUAACAGGACGGGAGGAUGGAAAUCUCGUUCAUUUCUCCGAAACGGGACACACUGAAGAGACACUAAACGAGAAGCUGCGGAGCAUGACGUAUCUCCCAUUAUCGAAGACGGCUAGACAUUAUGAGCCAGCAAGGCAAACGAAUCGGCGAGAAGCGUGUCCUGUUGUGUAACAAAAUCUGGCUGGAUGCGCGGGGACCUUUGCACAAGAGAUGUGUGACCUCAUGAUGUGGCUGCUGAUGGUUGCACUCGGCCUCAGUCUGUGCCACUGUGUUGGGGGGCAGUUUCCGGAGACCAGAGUCAAAAGGGUCCUACCACAGCUCGUCUGCAGCGUUCCUGGGCUGCCGGGGACUCCGGGCAAGCCGGGGCCCAGCGGGGCUCCUGGUGCAGAGGGACUCAUCGGCAUCCCAGGGCGAGAUGGGAGAGAUGGCAGGAAGGGCGAGAAGGGCGACAAUGGGGACACAGGUGUAAAAGGCAAAGCAGGUCCCAUGGGCAAGAUGGGUGAGCGUGGUGAUCAAGGCCCGAUGGGGAAGAGAGGCCCCAGUGGCAUGGAUGGGGACAAGGGCCCACCGGGCCCCAUGGGCCCCCCCGGGCAUAAGGGAGAUAAGGGUCAACGGGGAGCUCAGGGCAAACAGGGCAUCUGCCGUUGUGGCAGCCUGGUACCCAAAGUAGCCUUUUCUGUGGGCAUCACUACUAGCUACCCGGUGGAGCGUACGCCCAUCCGCUUUAACAAGGUCCUGUUUAAUGAGGGCAGCCACUACAACACACAGUCUGGAAAGUUCAUCUGUGCCUACCCAGGAACCUACUACUUCUCCUAUGACAUCACCCUUGCCAACAAGCACCUGGCCAUCAGCCUCGUGCACAAUGGCCAGUACCGCAUCAAGACAUAUGACGCCAACACAGGCAACCAUGAUGUAGCCUCUGGCUCCACAGUCAUGCAGCUCAACCCAGAGGAUGAGGUAUGGUUGGAGAUCUUCUACACAGACCAGAAUGGAUUGUUCUCCGACCCCAGCUGGUCUGACAGCCUGUUCUCCGGAUUCCUUCUGUAUGCUGACACAAAUUAUUUGGAUAUGCUGUCGGAGGACUAUGCGUAACAAAGGAUUAUGGGUUGGGACUUAUGGGUGACUCUUAGCUGUUCAUCUUAUGAACAGAAAGACUGGCAGACGUAUAUAUGAAAUGUAGCAUUAACCACGAUGGUUAAACAUAUGCCAAAUUAAGCUAUAUGUAAGCCUAUCAGCUUUCCCCUUUACAGUAAUGCUGCAUAACAGAAUGCCCCAUGGAUUGAAUAUUCCAUUUUGUGAGAUUAAACUGAGCUCACAGCAAAUCUCACUAAUAAUGUGAGGUAACAGCUAGUAAUGGGACAAAAGAAGCUUGAAAACCAAAGAUGAGCAGGGCUACACUGUAAGUCAUAUCACAGGGUAGGUUGUGCCCCCACACCCCCCAACAUCAAACAUCCUCCUACAUCCUUGUAUAUGAAUAAUAUUUUAACUUUUGAAAUCCAGUGGGUGGGAUCAUAGUGUACUGUCAAGCAAUCAAUGGUACAUACACACACCCCUGUGCAUACAUUUGUUUCUUGAUGUUUUCUAGAAAUGUGCAGAAAUAUUGAAAUUUUCUGUACAACUUUUUUCAUUCUUGAUAAUGACGAUCAUAAAGUCAGAAACGUGAAAUGCAAAAACCACAUGUACACUUUUUCAUAACACUUUAAAAAUGGAUUUUUAUUUAUAACUAUACAAAGAGCAUAUAUUAAAAAGUAUUGACAUCACUUGACAAAUGCAUCUGUUCAUUUAUUGCAAUAUGCAGCAUGUGUUAUUCAUUUUCACAAAUAUAUCAUUCGUCUUUCAACCACUUACCAGUGUAGCACAUCAUAGUAACAUAAUUAUUUAAAACAGUUUUUGAGGCAGGGCUCCCCCAUGAUUCAUUUUGAAGAUUGGGUCGGGGGGGGGGGACAUGGGCACAACAAAUUCAGCCCAUAUACCCACUCGUCCAGCACUGCCCAAAGGGGUGUAACUAAUAACUAGCGGUGUAACCAAUAAGUGUUAUUGUUUUUCACAAAUAUGUCUUCCAUUUGUCUUUCAACCACUUACUAGUGCAACAUAUUGCAGAUUGCAGUAACCUAAUUAUCAAGUAUAGCUUUUAUGGCUUUAUGAUUUUGUGAAUCAUAAGAAAGUGUGUGAAAUCAUUUUUAAUCGUAUUUGAUAAAUAUUCAGGUAGUCUCACAGAUUUGCAAACUGAUUCUGAAUCCAUUGCCAGUAGGUAUUUAGGCCUUGCAGCAGCAUGAAUGAAUCCAACUUUGACGCCUGUGACUAAUUUGCUUAUGCAGAAUGAUAUAUUGCUUAGUUUUUUUUCCUCCCAACGCCCUUGCAAGAGGACUACAGUAAGUAUGUUCCCUUAGCAAAAAUUUUAUACAAGUGUACUACGAGUAUACUUAUUUUAUACUAAAAUUGAGACAGUAUACUUGAAGUUUACUUCUUAUAUACUAUAUUUUAUAUACUUAAGAAUAGUAUAGUGAAGUAUACUUGACUUGAGAUGGGGGUGCAAGAGGUAGCGCUAUCGUUCGACAACAAGAGGGUUGCAGGUUUGAGCCCUGGUUCCUCCUGACCCCAUCAAAGUGUCCUUGAGCAAGA